AUGUCUGUUGGAAAGAUGCUAGCAGAAAAACUUCAAUAUCGAUUCAUCAAUUCAGAAUUAUUUUAUAGAUAUUUAGAAUAUUAUUUUGAUGAUAAUAUUUCAGUUUCUGAAUUAAUUAAAAAUCUUGAAAAUUUAAAAAAAAAUUAUAAAUUAAUUUUAACAAUCGAGCAGCUAGAUGAACAAGAUUAUAACUAUUCUGGGGAAAGAGCAUCAGAGUUAUCAAAAAAUAAUGAAUUACGAAAAGCAAUCAAUUCAACCAUUAAAAAUAUUACCAAAAAAAAAGGCUAUGUUAUAACUAGACAUGAUACAACAACUAACAUACUACCACAUACUGAAUUGAAAAUUGUAUUGUUGGCAGAGUUUGAAACGUGA